AUGGAGACUGCUCUUAAGAUUGCUAAUAAAAUCAGAGCACAUGAAAGAUUUGCUGCGUAUAUCGUCAUCCCUACGUGGCCAGAGGCUGUCCCCACAGGUUCCGCUAUAGAAAGAAUUCUAUUUUGGCAGGGGUUCUUUUUAGAUCAAUGUGCAUCGACUUCUACAGUUCUUCUUGGUUUCAAUCCACCAAAUAACUCUGGUUGA